ACAUCGAUCUAACCUCAGCAGCACAGCCAACGCAGACUCACCACAGCUGUCACGUUGGAGAACCAUGGCCAAAACAAAGAACAAAUCCGGCAUCACGGCCGGUGAGAAGAAAGUGAAGCUUUCCAGUCCGAUUGUGACAAUUAGCGAGCCGGUCGAAUCGUUCGCCAAAAACGGUGAGACGCCUGGUGACUCAAUCAAGGACAAAGCCGGCAAGAACAACAAAAAUGGGAACAUCGACAGGAAGAAAGAUGAUGUGUUCGACCAAAAGGAAGACGGGGCCAAGAGAACGACCAACAGGCUCAACGCUCAGACACUCGCCAUGCUGCUAAAGCUCGUGUCCUCUGAGGAUGGCAGUUCGGCCUCGUCGUCGUCAUCAUCAUCAUCAGAUGGAGGAGGCAGUGAUCAGGACGACACCUCCUCAUCUUCCUCGACAUCGUCUAGCUCUGACAACGGGACGCAAUCACCGAAGAAGCCCAUCGCACUCAAGUCCUCGCUCAAGAAGACCCUGCCACCGCCCCUGGAGCAUGCCGGCAUCUUGCGAGACGACAACGACCCCGAGAAUACGCAAACCGCCACACCGCACAGCUUCACCGCGGUUUAUGCGGGUCUGUACCCAGAUCGGGUGGUGCUCUAUCCUACUUGCUCCCCUCGUUUUCCCGGUGCCACGAUUCCCAUGAGCACUGCAGCCACCACGCACGAAGGGGCAUCGAGUUCAGUGUGGACGCAGGAAGACUGUGAUUGUCUUUCCAUGCUCGAAGCCCGACAGCGUGCGCUCAAGUGGCUCGACCUGCAGGCCGAGUUUUAUAACAUCACGGGAAAGAUGGUAUCUGCGGGCGAGAUCCAGGAGAAGUUUGAGGCUGAUAUAGCACGGGCACACAGAGCAGAAGAGGUGAAGGAAGCGAAGCGAGAGACGCAGAAAAAGGAGAAGAAGAAAAUCGACAAGUUGGAUGGUGAAAAGAGUUGUCGCAACGAGGAUGCGAGGAGAAAAGCGGAGCAGGAAGCAAAGGCAGUGUCUGAGAUCGAAAGCGAGGACGAAAGAAUCAUCGCUGCAGCUAUCAAGACGGUGCUAAUGCUCAGGCAGUGAGUCAAUCACAUAGUCUGAUCACAGGCGUGUCCUGCUCAGAGCGACGUGAGGAACAUCUCGAAUGCCGGAAGGGUGAUCCGUG